CGCAUCUGUUGCUCAAAGCCGACAAAAUUCUCCCUACCGGAAGAAGAUCCAGUAAUGAGUAGGCAUUGCCAAUGAUGGAAUUCAGAUAUUCAUCACCACUUUGUCUUAUAUCUGUUUAGCUAAUCAUAUUUGUUCAGAAGCUGCCCUGGCAGAUCAUUCUCUAAAACCCGAAGGUUUUCAGCUCUCAUUGGAUAUAAUGGCAGGUGAACAAGUAAAUGUGAACGAGUUCCAAGAAUUGGCCAGGGAAGCCCUUCCAAAAAUGCACUAUGAUUUUUAUGCUGGUGGAGCUGAGGACCAGCACACAUUAAAAGAGAACGUGGAAGCAUUUCGUAGAAUCACGAUUCAGCCCAGGAUUCUUGUGGAUGUAAGCAGAAUAGAUUUGUCAACUAGUGUAUUGGGGCACAAUAUCUCAGCGCCCAUUAUGAUCGCUCCAACUUCCUUGCAUAAGCUGGCACACCCUGAAGGAGAGGUUGCCACAGCCAGAGCAGCAGCUGCAUGUAAAACCAUAAUGACUCUAUCCUUCACAUCUUCCUGCACUAUGGAGGAGGUUUCUUCCAGCUGCAAUGCCGUUCGAUUCUUUCAAUUAUAUGUAUACAAGAGGCGAGAUAUAGCAACUGUGUUGGUGCAGAGAGCUGAAAAAAACGGAUACAAGGCUCUUGUCCUAACUGCUGACCGUCCCAGACUUGGUCGAAAGGAGGCAGACAUAAGAAACAAAAUGGUUGCACCUCGAUUGAAGACUCUUGAGGGUCUCUUAUCAAUUGAUCCUGCAUUUGAUAAUGGUUCAAACUUAGAAGGUGAUGCUAAGGAGAUAAUGGAUGCUUCCUUGAGUUGGAAGGAUAUAGAAUGGUUAAGAUCAAUUACAAACAUGCCAAUUCUAAUCAAGGGAAUACUUACUCGUGAAGAUGCAAUAAAGGCUGCAGAAGUAGGUGUUGCUGGGAUUGUUGUCUCCAAUCAUGGAGGUCGCCAGCUUGAUUAUACACCUGCUACUAUUACUGUCCUGGAAGAGGUGGUUCAUGCUGUAGGAGGGAAAGUUCCUGUUCUCUUUGAUGGAGGAGUGCGGCGAGGAACAGACGUCUUCAAGGCAUUGGCCCUUGGUGCACAAGCUGUCCUUAUUGGAAGGCCUGUUAUCUAUGGACUGGCAGCAAAGGGGGAAUUUGGGGUGAGACGAGUCAUCCAAAUGCUGAGGGAUGAACUUGAGCUCACCAUGGCGCUAUCCGGCUGUCCUAGUGUGAAGGAUAUUACUAGAAGCCACGUGAGGACAGAGCAUGAAAGACUUCCUUCAAUGCUUUAAUCUCAUGUUAUUGAAGCAUUAUGAUUACUAUCUCAUAACCCGCGCUAUGUGCGGGAUUCUUCAUUAUAAUUUAAACGCAUCUUCAUCGUACUUUUUAUUAUAUGUUAAAACGUAUAAAAAUAUAUCUCAUAUCUUAACAUUUAAAGUUGUA